AGCCCCGGAGGGGCCGUGGAUAAAAAAAAUAAUUAAAUCGUGCUCACGAUUUGCUAUUCGUGCUCACGUUUUCUUUAAAUCGUGCUCACGUUUUGCUAUUCGUGCUCACGUUUUCUCUAAAUCGUGCUCACGUUUUGCUAUUCGUGCUCACGUUUUAUUUAAAUCGUGCUCACGAUUUACUUUAAUUCGAGUGAACGAUUUUUCAGUUCGUGCUCACGAUUUGAAAGCAUGCAAAAAUAAAAAAGUUCCCCCAGCCUUUUUUUUCCAGUUCAUUCGCAACACAGGCGUUGUUCUCUCCAGACCGGGCAACAUACAAUGAUGAAAAAUGGAUGAAGAACUGAAGAGCUUCUUAAGAAAAAGAAACAUUGAAGAGGAAUGCAUACAACAACUUGAGAAAGAAAAGAUCGAUACGUCUGUAAUCCCUUUGAUGGCUGACAAAGACCUUGCAAAAUACUUUCCAAAAGCUGGAGACAGAGUGUCUGUUGUUGCAUUCUGUCGACAAACAGACACGUCAGUUGACCCCAAACUCAGAAAGGAGUCUAUUUUAGCACGGUUGCGACGUAGACUGUCCCCAAGAGAUGAAGACACUGGCACUCCAUCCAGCAAAAAAAGAAAUCUCUGGACGGGUAAUAAAAGUGCACAAAAGCAGCAAAGACGAAUAGAAGUUGGAUGGAUGGAUUUUGAUGCAAAAGAUCAAAGAUACAAGCAAGUAAAAUCAAUAAAUGGUGGUGGGACAAGACAGCUCACAGUAGACAAAGGGACAACUGUGGAAGAAAUUAGAGAACGUGCUGAGAGUUUGUUUUUCCCGAAUGGGGUGUCCAAGAAGAAAAAGCUGGCUUCCUUCAUCACAGAAAUACAAUCAUCUCAAAUUGAGGUCAACAGCUCAGAUACUGUCAUUCAGUUAUAUGAGAAAAGUGGAGUAAGGCUGCUGAGACUGUAUCUCUGUACAAAAGUAAGGAGAGAUACACCCACUGAAGACCCAGAAGACCAACAUUCCCAGCCAACCGUUGACCUUACAGGCAGUGAAGAUGAACAACAAAUUGGUGAUGGAUGUGAGGAAGAUCUUGAUCUGGAAGUAAUUUUUGGAGCAGGCGAGAAUGAUGGUGUAUCAUUAGAUGACACCAUACCAUGUGAAACUCCAGUUGAGCCUCCUACAGUCCCAGAACUCCAGAUAAUCCUGUCACAGACGUCAGAGGGUCCUGUUCCUGUAAUACAAGGCCAUGAAAUAAACCAACCACAGAUGCCAAUGGCCACUGUUCCUGUUAUACUAGAACUUGAAGUCUUCCAGUCACAGAUGCCAGUGGACCCUGUUCCUAUAAUGCCAGAACUUGAAGUGAACCAGCCAGGUGACCAUGUUCCUGCAAUGUCAGAAGUCACAAUGAUUCAGGAGCCACAACUGCAAGAUGCUUCAAACACCACAGUGAUGAAUCUAGUUCAUGUGUCUGCAAUACCAGAUGUCAUUAGGAUCCAGGAGCCAUUGGUGCAAGCUGCUUUGGACACUACAGUGCUGCAUCCUGUUCAUGUUCUUGGAACUCCAGAACUUACAAUGACUGAGCUGCUACAUACGCCAGAACAACUGGUACCUGAUUAUCCUGAACCUGCAGCUGAAACCCUAAUCAUUCGUCGAGGACAUUGUCUCCUUGACCUGAUUAAUGCUUUCAAAAAUCCAGCCAUUCUACACUCCAAGGUCUCCAUUAAGAUGCGUCUUCCAAAUGGAAAACUUGAAGAAGGGGAAGGAAGUGGUGUUUUAAGGGAUUGCUUAACAGAAUUUUGGACAGAAUUUUAUGAGAGAUGCACUUUGGGCAUGGAUGUGAAAGUUCCCCUUAUUAGGCAUGACUAUCAGUGUGACGAGUGGCAGGCAAUUGGCAGAAUUUUUGUAGUAGGAUGGUUUCAAGCACGCUACUUCCCUGUACAACUGGCCGCUCCAUUCCUAGAAGUAGUUCUGUAUGGCACAAGUGCAAGUAGCCUAAAGGAUGCAUUUUUGCAGUAUGUCUCUGCACAAGAAAGAGAGAUCCUUCUCAAUGCUUUAAAAGACUUUGAGUCUGUCGAAAAUGAUGCUUUGUUAGAUGCCCUUGAGGCCCAUGAGUGUCACCAGGUUCCUACCAAAGAAAAUUUGGUCCCACUGCUAUCACAAAUGGGACACAAGGCCCUUAUACAGGCACCAAUGUACAUUAUUGAGUGUUGGCGUCCAAUUGUAGAAGAGCUAGCAAAUGAUGUUCCACCAGAUGCUCUGGACGGUAUCCUAAAGAAGAAAAUUCCAACAGGAAAGGCAGUGAAGGAUCUCCUUUUCUUCCCAGAAGAAAUGAAUGCAUCCCAAUCAUUAGUAGCCCGAUAUCUAAAGAGAUACAUAAGUGAACUUGAUUUGCAUACACUUCAACUAUUCCUCCGUUUUUGUACUGGUUCCAAUUUGAUUGAUGGGCCGAUUACUGUGGAGUUUAUUGAGACAUCCGACUUCCAAAGAAGACCACAGUCGCACACAUGUGCCAAGAUAUUAAAGUUGCCAAUAGGAUACCAAAAUGAUCCUGACCUUCGCAGUGAUUUUAAUAGCAUACUCUCAAGCUCUGUGUGGGUUAUGGACAUUGUUUAGAUCAGGUUCCAUGUAGAUACACAACACCACCAAUAAAAUGUGUAGGGCAGAGGGUUUCCCAGGACCAGGAUUAAUCACAAAGUGCCGGGUUACAGAUUCCCACAAAUGGUCCUAGAAAUUGUACCCAUAUGGUUUACCAUAUUGAAUCACUCUGUAGCCUUGCGAUUUGUAAAUAAUCCCCUCUGCCCUGCAUAUUUUAUUGGUGUCCCUACUCACUUAUUGGUUGUGUUAAUGGAAUUGGAUGCAGCUUUGGAGGAGGAGGUAAAAAAAAAUGUUUGCAGAGCAGGUGGAGUUCAUGACCACUGCUCUAGUGUACAAAUUCUCAACCCUGGUCUUGCAAGACCCUCUACCCUCCACAUUCCUCUAAUUAUUACAUGAACCAAUUGUAAAAGAUUAAAAUCCAUCUAUAAAACCUAUAAAAUGGCUGGGGACCAUAGGUACGAAGUAAGAGUUUCUAAUACACUGAUCACAGAGUAUGUAAAAUCUUUAGGAAAUUGACUGCUUUCUUAGUUCCUCACAAUGACACAAUUAAAUUAAACAGGUUUUGUAAUUAAAAUGUUGUUCAAAGUAAAUGUGGUUAAAAUCUACAUUGUUGGUAUUAAGGCAUGCUUUAUCCAUGCAAAGUAUUGAUAGGUGGCAAAGCCACACCAGAAUAAUCACAGGUUUUAUUAUUUUUUUUUUUUAUGUUUAUGCAUACUGUUUAUGCAAAGAUAUUUUAUGUGGCUGUUUUAUGCCUAAUGUGUAUUCUUUGUAAAGGGACACUAUGUAGGAUUUUCUUGAUUAUUCAUAAUUUUUGAGAUGGAUAAUAUUCUGCGUAUUACACCUCAAUGGAGCAGAGCAGAGAUUUAGAAGUUGUAAAUUUACUUCUUAAAAGAAAUAUAUGAAUAAUCAAGAAAAUCCUUC